AUGAGAAACAUCAAGGAAACACGGUUCCCGAGGCCAAUCAGAUCCAAUCCCAUCCAGAGAGAUCCCAACUUAUGGUGUGAAUAUCAUGGAACUCAUGGUCACAGAACUAGGGACUAUCGACAUCUACGCGGGGAGGUGGCAGUGUUGUUGAAUAACGACCAUCUCAGGGAGUUCUUGAGCGACCGAGCUAAGAACAAUUAUGGCCGCAGCCGAGAUAACGUAGAACCCUCGAAGAUAGGGGAAGACCCUCCUCGGCUAACUAUCAACAUGAUUUUCAGAGGGAAUGAAAUCAACAGUGUAAAUUUUUCGGCAGCCAAGAAAACAAAGGUAUUAGUGACGCAUAGCAAGAGACUUCGGGAAGUUACCGAAGACAACAUCACCUUCACGGAGGAAGACGCCUAUAGGCUCCUUCUGCCGCACAACAACCGCCUGGUAAUUUCUAUUAAUGUUCUAGAUUUCAAGAUUAAACGUGUUUUGGUUGACCCAGGAAGUUCAUCCAACAUCAUCCAAUGUAGAGUGCUGGAGCAAGCCAAAUUAACCAGAAGUAUCAUUCCGGCAACAAAAAUCCUCAUCGGGUUCAAUUUGGCGAGUGUGACAACCCGAGUGGAAAUCUUGCUGCCCACGAACGCCUAA